CAGCAACGUGGAGGACUCCACUGCACCUCAUUGAGUGACAACAUCAGGAACAGCUUCCGAGGAUCACAUCAACGACAUUGGAACACUUCAGCCUGUUGGUAUUUGAAACAGAAACAAGUGUUCAAUCGGCUUAGUGAACAUAUCUCAACAUCGUACGCACACAAAUCACACAUUAUCAUGGUCCUCCUCACAGUGACCCCUUCCAUUUUGGAAGCUCUCCAAUGUGUUCAAGAUGCGCCAAGUAAACUGCAGCGAGAUGGCGAACCGUCACUCAGCGAUGCCAAUAUCGGUGCACCCAUCUCACAUGGCCAGAUCAUGGAUUUGUGGAAUUUACUCAAAGCCGGUGACAAUAAAAAGUACAGCUUGGAGAUACUGUUGAGAGGUUCCAGGGUUUAUGUGCCUCCACCACCGCCGAAGCCUGAGCCGUCCGAUGAAUACAAAGCGUUGAUGGCUAGACUCUGCCGUGAUGAGGAGGAGCGCGCUUACGAGCGCAUGAUCAACCCCGUCCCACCAAUGGAAACCUUCUCGCAACGUUUCCCAUCUAGCGCGGGCAUGGCUCGGGCAUUCGCCGAAGCCAACAGACCUACCCGAAAGGAAGACAUGGGCGACGAUGAUGUGACUUAUGACGAGGUACACCGCCAACUGAUGCUCAUCUUCAACUUCAUGGUCACCAUUCUAGGCGUGGCAGCUACUCUUUGGAUUUUGGCGCGUUGGUGGAGCACUCCGGCUAGGAUAUUCCUCACAAUGGGUGGCAGUAUCAUUGCAGGUGUUGCUGAAGUUGCCCUGUAUUCGGGCUACGUGUGGCAUCUCGGUCAGGCGAAGAAGAAGGACAAGACUUUCAAGGAAGUCAAGGAGGUGGUUCAGACGUGGGUCGUUGGUCCGGAAGAGAAAGAGGCAGCGGGCAAGCCGAUUGCAAUUGAGGGCAAAGAGUCUACGCCCGAGGACACAAACCUGAGAAGACGCAAGAAAUAGCUCUAAACUGAGUUACUAGUAACUUGUCGAUAGACUCAAUCAAUGCACA